AUGGCUUGGUAAGCGCUGGAACCCGGAAGAAUCACACCCCCGCUGUUUUUCUCGACGAACGAACGUGUUGGUUGGUGAGGAAAGUGUGGUUUGAGUGAAUCAAGUCGUCAUGUGGCCUGGUCCACCUAACCCAAGUGCCCCUCCUCCUCCCGGCUAUCCAGGGGUCCCCAAUCCAGCAUACCCCCCUGGAUCCAAUCCAGUGUACCCUCCUGGUAUGAACCCAGCCAUGCCUCCUGGGCCAAUGCCUCACGGCCCGAUGCCCCCUGGCGCUCCCGGGCCACCUGGAUACUUUCCACCAGGCCCCCCACCUGCAUACCCAGGUGGCCAGCCUCCUCAUAUCCCCCCUGGCGGGGCCUACCCAGGUCACCCCCCCGGGGGUCACCACCCCGGUAUGGGCCCCAUGAUGGGCGGCCUGGCUGGGGGUGUUGCAGGGGCAGGGAUGGGGGUGGCGGGACACAAGGCCCACAAGAAAAUGAAAAAGAUGAAGAAGGGAAAGAAGCACAAGGAGCACAAACAUGGCAAACAUGGGAAGCACGGCAAGCAUUCCUCCAGCAGCAGCAGCAGCAGUAGUAGCAGUGACUCAGACUGAAGUUGUCAGCAAUCCAGCCAACAGCACGGCCCACCUUGCCACAUGUGGUACACAACACUAGGUGGCUUGCUUUGCUAAAAUUUGUCUUACCAGUGCUUUGUAUGACAUUCUACUAUUUUGUUAUACGUUUGGUAUGCCUCCAUGAAAGAGUUUAGUUUAGAAUACUAAUUAUUGCAUUAUUUACACGACUCACCUUGUCGACUGCUUUAACUUUUUGUCUUGAACAUCUUGAACCUCAUGAUGUAUUUUGGCUUUCAUGGUAUGUUUGACACCGCAGGAUAUUGGAAUUGUGGGUCUACUGUAUAUUGUAUUUUUACAAGUGGAAUUUCUAUUGAUGGUGAUUUGGUUUGUUAGUAGCAGCAUGAAUUUGACAAUCUUCUCACUGAUGAAGAACUGUGCAGAUUAGAAUGUGCCUUAUUAUGGAAGUGCAGACACUGAGUUAGACUAUGCAAUCGUCAAUAAAAUCCCAACAGACUAGUCAUGUUGAUCAAUGAUCAGUGUUCUUUUCUCUUGGAUACAAUGUUGCCAUUUCCCGUCAAACAGGCCUAAAUGUUUGAGUAUGUAAUGAAAAAGUAGAAUUAAUUUAUUAUUCACAAGUUACAGACAUGUAAAAUGAUGGUCUUAUGUGUGAGGGAAUAUUUUGCACACACAGUGUUUUUUUUUAUUUGAAUGAAAUUGUGAUUAAAAUAUAUAUUUAUGUAACACCAUGAUGCUUUGAAAAAUCUAUCUCACACUAAAUAAAAUAUUGAUUUGUGAAAACUAAAAA